AUGUUGCUUCUGUAUUAUGGUAGACAUUAUGGCAUUAUGUUCGUCAGGGUGGACGAGCGGAUCAUGAGCCGUAAAAUGCCUCCGAAAAAGAAAAACUCGGAAUUAUCAACGAAAGAAGAGUUAUCAAAACUAGAUAAAGAUGAUUUAAUAGCAAAAAUAAUACAGUUAGAAGCUCAUAACUUGCAGCUAAAGAAUAUUAUAAGUAAGAACUUUUCGGAAGCUACUAAAAAGGAUGAGAAGGACCAUAAAAUAAAUUGGAUUUUAGCAAGUAAGUGCCACUUCCGAAGAGUACUCCUCCGGAUCCUCUACUUCGGUUGGGACUACAAUGGUCUAGCGGUACAGGAAGACACGAAUCAGACGAUCGAACAUCAUUUGUUCCAUGCGUUAACUAAGUCCUGUUUAAUACAAAGUAGGGAGACAUCUGGUUACCAUCGAUGCGGACGCACUGAUAAGGGUGUCAGUUCGUUCGGCCAGGUCAUAUCAAUAUCACUACGGAGUAAGUUUCCACCUUCAGAACAAAACACACAAGAGGCCAUAGACAAUGAGAUGCAAUACUGUAAGAUACUAAACAGGUUGCUACCUAAAGAUAUUAAAGCAGUAGCUUGGAUGCCUAUACCUGAAGAUAUGCCUGAAUAUAGUGCUAGAUUUGACUGCAAGAAACGCCAGUACAAGUACUACUUUCCCCGUUCAAACUUAGACAUACAAGCGAUGCUUGGUGGGUGCGCUCGGCUUGUAGGCUGCAAUGACUACCGUAACUUGUGUAAGAUGGAUGUCGGUAACGGCGUGCUGCAGUUUACAAGGGAGAUCAUUAGCGCUCAUGUCUUACCUGUUCAUAGCGCACAUGUGGACCAGCCCACCUCAAUGUACUACCUGAACAUCGAAGGGAAUGCCUUCCUCUGGCAUCAGAUCCGGUGUAUCAUGGGGCUGCUGCUCCUCAUAGGUGAGGGUAAGGAGACGCCUGACGUUAUUACUGAGCUGCUGGAUGUUGAGAAGUGUCCUAGAAAACCUCAAUACAACAUGGCAUUGGACCUACCUUUAAACUUAUUCCACUGUUCAUACGACUUACCGGAUGGAUGCAAGUGGAUUUAUACGAAGCAAGAGAUUUCUGAAGUUUUGACGCAAUUACAGAGCGAAUGGACUAUACAUAGUAUCAAAACAACAAUGAUUCGCGACGUCAUAAAUGAGUUAGAAGCUAAAUACUCAGAACUAUGUGAGAGCGAGAUAACAGAUGCGGAUGGCAAUAAAGAGAAGGACAGAGUUAUAGCUUAUACGGAAUGUUUGCUUCAGGGCGUGAAAUCUAGAGUUUAUAAGCCUUUUAAAAGGGAUACUUGUUCAAGCUUAGAAGAGAGAAUUGAACACUACAGGAAGAAAAGAAAAAUAGCUGAUCCCGCUGAAGAUGUAAAUAGUAAAUAA